AUGUCCCAAAUCAACUACCGCACAAUCAACAUCGACGCCCUGGACCCAGAGUCCCCAGCCAACUUCCCCCUGGAAUCCCUCCUCCCCGCCACACUCCCGCAGCCCGCCAGCGCCAGCGACGCCGCCAACGCCGCCACACAAGUGCGCCAGAUGCUGCGCGGCGGCGACCCCGAGGGCGCACUGCGGACCGUUCUCGACACCGCGCCGCUGGGCGGCGACGACCGCGCUAAGGAGGUGCAUCUGGCGACUGUCAUUGAUGUGUUGCAGGGGAUCCGGCAGGGGGAGAUGACAAGGAUUCUGGAGGGUGUUUGUAGUGGGGAGGGUGGUGCGGAACGGGCGGAUUGUUUGAUGAAAUACUUGUACAAGGGCAUGUCGUCUGCUGCUCCUGGGAGUGGUGCUCAGACGCCGAAGAAGUCGGUUUCGCCGCAGGAUACGGGCUUUUCGCAGAUUCAGGCUCGGAAUCUGGGUGAGGGUGGUGGUGGUCAGCAGAUGAGUGUUUUGUUGAGCUGGCAUGAGCGGUUGGUGGAGAUUGCUGGGACUGGGUCUAUUGUUCGGGUUAUGACUGAUCGUAGGACGGUUUGA